AUGUCUGCUCUGAAGUCGUGGGUUUCUAUCCCACCACGCUCGCACUUUAGCUUGGCCAAUAUUCCAUUCGGCAUCAUUUCAACAAACAGCAACUCAACGCCACGACCCGCCGUCGCCAUUGGAGACCAUGCAUUGGAUCUGCUGGCAUUUUCCAACGGAGGAGGGUUCUCUAAACUACCUCAACUCGCAUCUCAUUUACAAGUUUUCAAUUCUUCGACUUUGAACAAGUUUGCGGCUUUGGGUCGAGCAACACAUCGUGACGUGCGGCAGUACCUUCAAUCCGUCUUUGCAGCUGAUGGUCCCCACCCGGAGGUCCUUGAAAAGAAUGAUGAACUCAAGGGAAAAGCCCUCGUCUCUCUCACGGAUGUUCAGACUCACCUCCCUCUGUCAAUCGGUGACUACACGGACUUUUUCGCGGGACGGAACCAUGCAUUCAAUGUCGGCACCCUAUUCCGCGGACCACAGAACGCCCUGAAUCCGAACUAUAACCACCUGCCGGUAGCUUACCAUGGACGUGCUAGCUCUGUGGUUGCCUCUGGUACACCUCUUCAUCGUCCAUGGGGCCAAGUGAUUCUUGAUCCGGCGGCCGAGCCCAAAGUGCCGACUUUUAGGCCUAUACGGCGGUUGGACAUCGAGCUGGAGCUCGGGCUCUUCAUUUCGCGACCGAAUGAGCUUGGAAAGCCCGUGAAAACGCGGGAAGCGGCUGAUUUCAUCUUUGGCUAUGUGCUGAUGAACGACUGGAGUGCAAGAGAUGUGCAAACUUGGGAGUAUGUCCCACUAGGACCCUUUAAUGCCAAGAAUUUUGGCACCACGAUUAGUCCAUGGGUCGUGUUGGCGGAUGCACUCGAGCCAUUCCGAACAAAGGGUUUGGAUAACCCGGUCGAAUUGCGAAGCUAUCUGAAGCAAGAUCAAUCAGACGCUGCCCUGGACAUUAACUUGGAGGUUUCUCUCAAGACACCCCAAGGUGGCGCGACGACUCUGUCACGUACAUCCUCCAAGAACCUUUUGUGGUCGUGGGAGCAAAUGAUCGCGCACCACACAGUGACUGGAUGCAAUCUGCGGACUGGCGACUUGCUGGGUUCUGGAACAAUCUCAGGUACCGAGUCGGGCACGUACGGCAGUAUUUUGGAACAGACACAAGCUGGAAAACACCCAGUGAAAUUGAAUAGCGGAGAGGAGCGAAUGUUUGUGCAGGAUGGCGAUACCAUUAUCAUUACUGGCGCGGCUGGUCAAGUGGAUGGGGGCUUGGUGGGUUUUGGGGAAUGUUCCGGUCAGAUUCUGCCAGCACUGGACGAGGAUUUCUGGUCCACUUGA